UCACGUGAUCUAGGCAAAGCCAAACUGACCAAUUCCAAUAUGGUGGCCAGCCUAGCAGGUCUACGGUUCCUGUUGAUGGUAGUGUUGUUCUGCGGAAUCAGGUACGGCGCCUGCAGCCAGAAAGCUCCGCAGGUUUUGGGGCUGCGGCUGGAAGAACCAGUGGAUCCGCUGUGCAUGAAGGGUCGUAUCAUUUCAGCACCAAAAGGAGCCACGUUUAAGCUCCGUGUCUUCGGGUUUAAUCUGAAUGGAAGCUUGCCGUGGGUCGCGUUCGCAGGGGCAGCUGGCGGAGCGGCUGGGGCUGUCGGUGAUACACCGGACCCUUGCGAGGAGCAGUCCAACCGCCAGGACUCCAAGUUAAAGGUGACCAAUUUAGAACUCGACGAUGCGCACAGCGUGCUUCUAACUGUGGAGGUUAGCACCUCUGAGGGGGAAGCUGGCAACGAGCAGACCUACUACCACCUGUGUGUGCGGAGUGGAGAGACAUGGACAUCUGCGGGCCUGGACAGACUGCGAAUAAACACUGACACGGAUCUGCCAGCAGACUACAUCCCGCCGUGGGGUCUGGCCGUACUGAUAGUGCUUGUGCUUAUGAUCUGCGGAUUGCUGAGGACGGUGAACUUGAGCCUUUUGUGGCUGGACCCAGUCGAGCUUUAUGUCCUACACAGCUGUGGAUCAGAGGAGGAGAAACGAGCCGCCAAACGGCUGGAGCCGAUCAGGAGAAGGGGGAACUUCAUGGCAUGUUCUUUGUUGUUCCUGUGUGCUCUGGGGCACUCUGUCCUCGGUGUGCUCCUGUACCGGGCACUGGGCUCCAUCGUCUCUGCUGUGUUCAACAGCGGCUUCCUUAUCUUCUUCCUAGCUGAGCUGGCUCCUCACAUCUUGUGCUCAGGUUACGGCUUCCAGCUGGCGCCUGGUCUGACCUGGCUGGCCCAGGUUUGCAUGGUGCUUACCUGCCCCCUGUCUUGCCCUCUGGGCCUGAUUCUGGAUCUGGGGCUGAGGAGAGACAUCAGUACCUGUGGGAUAAGGGAGAGGGCCAUGGAGAUGGUACGGGCAAACGUGAAUGAUCCUUACAGUGAGUUUGUAAAGGAGGAGUUCAGUCGUGGGACAUUGCGCAUUAAGACCGUGGAGGACAUCUUGACACCUCUGAAAGACUGCUUCAUGCUGCCUAGCUCAGCUGUCCUAGACUUCUCCACUAUGUCUGAGAUCAUGCAGAGUGGUUACACCCGUGUGCCCAUUUAUGAGGAAGAGAGGUCUAACAUUGUGGAAAUCCUUUAUGUGAAAGACUUGGCUCUGGUUGAUCCAGAAGACUGCACCCCAAUGACGACUAUCACCAAGUUCUACAAUCACCCUCUGCACUUUGUGUUCAAUGAUACCAAACUAGAUGCCAUGUUGGAGGAAUUCAAAAAAGGCAACUCUCACAUGGCCAUCGUCCAGAAGGUGAACAAUGAGGGAGAGGGAGAUCCUUUCUAUGAGGUGCUGGGUUUGGUCACUUUAGAAGAUGUCAUAGAGGAGAUCAUCAAGUCAGAGAUCCUGGAUGAAUCUGAUGGCUACUUAGACAGGAAAGUAAAGCGUCCCCUCACUCCACUGGAGAUUCCUCUGGAGCCUCGCAGCACCCAUGAGGAGUUUUCUCUUUUCAAGCCUCCUGAAGGAGAACCCAAGAUCCGAACUUCACCACAACUCCUGCUAGCCACACACCGCUUCCUGUCCAGAGAAGUGGAACACUUCAGCCCAGCACGUGUAUCUGAGAAGGUCCUGUUCCACCUGCUCCGUCACCCCAGUGUCAACCAGGAAGUGCACUUUGACCCUAACAACCGUCUGAGCCCAGCACACUAUCUUUACACCCGCAACCACCCAGUGGACUAUUUCAUCCUUCUGCUGCAG